AUGGAGGAGGUAGCUAAUUUACCACCACUCAUGAAUGAAAAAGAAUCUAAACCAAGGUUGCUGAGAUGGAUUCUACUUCUGCAAGAGUUUGAUCUGGAAAUCAGAGACAAAAAAGAUUGUGAAAAUAUUGUUGCCGAUCACUUAUUCUGGAUUUCCCUGAUAGAAGAAAUAGAGGAGACACACCCAAUCAAGGAUGAGUUCAUCGAAGAACAAAUCCUAGCCGUUACAGGUGUUCCAUGGUUCACAGACUAUGCGAAUUAUUUAGUUUUACUUAUGGGACGAUCCGUUCUUGUACAAAAAGGUAAUAGACGGGUUAAUUCGAAGGUUGAAGUAUCUAACAGGCAGAUAAAGCAGAUUCUGGAAAAGACUAUCAGUGCUUCUCGAAAGGAUUGGGCAAUAAAGUUGGAGGAUGCACUGUGGGCGUAUAAAACAACAUUCAAAAGCCCAAUAGGUAUAUCCCCUUAUCAAUUGGUUUACGGUAAAGCAUGUAAUUUACCGCUCGAACUAGAGCACAAAGCAUUUGGGGCCUCCAAAUUCCUGAACUAUGAUCUUUCAAAAGCUGGUGAAUCCCGGAUUCUUCAACCACAUGAGUUAGAAGAGUUUAGAAAUCAGGCUUAUAAAAAUGCCAAAAUAUACAAAGAGAAAACAAAAAAAGGGAAUGACCAAAGAAUUCAGAAGAAAGAAUUUUGGGAGGGACAAUUGGUUUUGUUGUUUAAUUCCAGGUUGAAGUUGUUUCUUGGAAAGCUGAGGUCAAGAUGGUCUGGACCUUUUGUGAUUCAUAAAGUAUUCCUACAUGGAGCAAUCGAGCUCGAAAGUCCAGCAGACGAGGACACUUUUAAGGUGAAUGGACAUCGAUUAAAACCGUACUACCAAGGACAAGAGAGUGGUCUGGUUUGUUCAGGUAUAAAAAUGCCCCCGAAGAGGAUUGUUCAAGGUAAGCAACAAAUGGCUGAGACUUCAAGGCCACGAAAGAGGAGUAGUCAUACAUCAAACCCAUAUAAAAUUAUCUUCGAUAACCCGGAGCAAGAGCAACAGUACUCCAUUCAUAGAAAGCGUAAGUUGAAUCCCAUAAGGUUUAUCAUUGAAUUACCUAAUCCUGACAGAGUAAGUAUUGUUGAUUGUGCUAACUGGUUAUAUGUUCUUGGUGUUGUUGUUAGUUCGGUGAUGACCAUUGGUGGUAGUGGAUGA